AUGUUUGCUUCGCAACAGUACUGCCUCCGAUGGAACAAUCAUCGCUCGAACCUGCUGAACGUCUUCGAGGAGUUGCUGCACAACGCGGCGUUCACCGAUGUCACCCUUGCCGUCGAUGACGGCAGGACGGUCAAGUGUCACAAGAUCGUGCUGGCUGCGUGCUCGACGUAUUUCCAGACUUUGUUUCACGAACUGUCAGGCUAUAAUCACCAUCCAAUAAUCGUCCUUAAAGACGUUGGAUUUCCGGCGAUAAAAGCGAUAUUGGAGUACAUGUAUCGCGGCGAGGUGAACGUGGCGCAUGAACAGUUAUCCGAACUGCUGAAGAUCGCGCAAGUACUGAAAGUAAAAGGCCUGGUUGAGGAACGCGGUAGCAAUACGCCGAAUACGUCGAAUACGCCGCACGAUCCUCGCCCUGAGGAUACGUCGGUAUCGCCGCCACCCGAUAUCAGUACCAGUACCAGCACCGGCGGCGCCAGCCACUCGUCACCGCCGUCUUACUACUCCCUUUACGGGAACUCGCAAGAUCGCGGUUCAAGUCACCUGGCAAGUUCAUUACCAACCGGCUCGUGGCCGUUGUCGUUACAUUCCACGGGUCAUCAGCUUCCAACUUCGCUCUCCUCCGUUCUUGACGGAGGUGGCGGGAGCGGCAACAGUGGCGGGUCCUACAACAACGGUAUCGAAACCUCGCCGUUCAAACGCCGGAAGCUACUGCAGCCUCCGUCAGGCCUGCUGAUAAGUAACGACACGCCGAUAUUGCGCACGGUACUUGGCCAGGCUCACGCUGACAGUUCGCAGGCUCUGCCACUCUUGCAACCAGACAGCCAUGAACCAGUCAACUACCGCAACGCAAACAGCAAUGGAUCCACAAACGACAGCGACAACCGCCGCAACAACGACCUGGCUCACGGUGAAACGACGGUCUACGCCGAUGCCUCCUACGCAGACGAAGACGAAAGAAAAUCGUCCCCGCAGUCUUACGCAAAUACUGCAAGGAACUCAGCUGCUGCGGACUGCGUUCAGCCGAAACCCGAAUGGAAACGUUAUAAGCAAUACACUCGAGAUGACAUCACCUCGGCGAUCGAGGCAGUGAGAAAAGGUAUGAGCGCCGUUCAGGCAGCGCGAAAAUACCAAGUGCCAUCACGUACGCUUUACGACAAAGUGAAAAAGCUGGGCAUCCCUACAUCGCGGCCAUUCAAGCGCUCAGCAAGCAACGGAGGAAGCGGGGCUUGUUUCCCGUAUGGCAUCGGCGCCAACGUGAACGGCGCUCUUUAUGACAACAGUGCCGGCAGUGCCAAUGCCCUCUCUGAAAAUGAGAACGAGAGUAAAGUCAACGUCACUGAGAGUUUGGCCGGCACGAGUGCCGCAGUUUUCGAAGCCACGUAUGCAAAGACGAAGGACCGCGGCGACUCAAUGUCAGACUCGAUGGCCAGUUGCAGCUCGAGUCCGGUGAUACGUGGCGUUAAGCAACAGCAGGACCUGGAUGAUCAAGUAGAGGACUUGUCGGUGAGUCGCAAAUCCGACGUUCCAGUGAUAGUACCGCCAUCCACUACAUCGACCGCGAUUAAAGACGAGGCGCAGGAAACAGGAUUGGACAGUAACGACUGUUGCGAUUACAGUCAACUUUUACAGCCCAAUGAUAGAAGAAAAUAAGUAGGUAACGAGUAGUUCAAUUUGCA